AUGUCGCAUUCGUGGCUCCAACGCCAGCGCAAGCAGGCCCUGCUCGAUCUUUGCGGCGAGGCUGGUCUGCCCCAGAACGACGAACUGCUCAAGGACGACCUCGUCGCGUUGCUGGAAACCACCCUCACUCAGAACCCGGACCGUUUGUCGCGCGUGCCCGCGUUUGAAGACUACUACGGCAAACGCGCGCGUACUCCAGGACGACCACCAAAGGAAAGAGAGUCGGUGUUUGUCCCCAGUGGUGAGGACGAGAUUGAUGUCAAGAGUGCUGUGAAGCCCAAAGCACGUCGUGCGACAAAGGUUAAGCAGGAGCAAGAGGAACCGGAUCCGAUCUCGUCCCCCAUCGCAGCGGCUUCAUCCUCUGCGCGCAAAGCGAUUGCUACAGUCUCAUCUACCGUCUCUUCAGCCCUCUCCCCCUCAGGCCAACUCGUCUCGCGCACCCCAGCACCGCGACCCAGCACGCGUCGUCGAUCGGAACUCCCAGGCCCACCAUCCCCAUCCGACGUCGCUGAUGUUGUUGAAUACGAAUCCACCAAGUUUGCCUCUGGUGUUCGCGACCUGUACGCCAGAUCUGGCAUCACGGAGAACAUCGAAAACCUCCGCGAGUUGCUCUCCUCGGUAAACGCCAUCCAGCUGUCUUUCCUCCUGCUCGAAGCGUUCGCCUUGCAACGACGUGUCCUGCCAUGGAGGUACAUGUUCGACAUUCCCGCAACUGGACUCACCCCAUCGAUCGCCGUCUUCCUGCCGGAUUUGUUCGUCCUCCUGACAGGCUUCUACUGGAGCACGACCCUCCUCUGGUCGGCGACAUCAAUCUUCGUCCCAGUCCUGUUCGCCUACUUCUACAACCUGACCUUCCGCGAUGUGAAGCGUGGCAACGCCCGCGUCACAGUCGCGAGGUACGCCGCUGACCCGUUCACGUACAACAUCGUCAAAGCCCUGGCCACGUGGCUGGUAUAUGUCAAGGGCGUCAACUUCGGCUUCAUCGAUCCCGAGGUCGCUGAUCGGGUUGAUCUUGCUGUUUAUGGUGGCUCUACUGCUAUGCUCGUUGGCUCAGCCGUCGGCGCCCUAGCAGCACUCUACGAAGCAGCGCAGAAGAAGACCGUCGCUGCAUAA